UCUCCAUAGACACGUGUCCGUAGGUUACUCGGCUCAUUGAGUAAUUCGUGUGAUUAAUAUGGAGAGGGAGAACAUAAUCAGUGGCCUUAGGUUCCCCCAACCAGAGAGCUUUGUGAUAAGGUGAUAAAGAGCCUGUAUUGUCUUCACUUCAUCUUGUUGGAAUAAAUCGUAAACGAAAAGGUCAUUCUACUGGUCCUGAUUGAACUUUCCAAUCUAAUCAGAUGUUCCUUUAUGUGUUUUCUCUGUUUUGACCCUUUUCUUUUUGAUUCCCCCAACCAGCCACUUCCAUGUCGAAUUCCAGAGGGAUCAGCAACAAUGUCACUGAGAUUUCACUUGCAACCAGAGGAUCGGCCGAUUCAGUUGUGUUCCUCACGCUCUUUUGCUUCUGCUGUUUCCUCUAUUCCAUCGUCGUCAUUCUCCGAAUCAUCUACGUGACCCCUCACCUCAGGGACAAUGCUCGCUACCUCCUUUUUGCCCACAUGUUGGUCAACGACACAGUUUACCUGGUUACAGGACUCCUUCUCUUCCUGGGCGCCUGGUAUUUGAUUUACCUGCCCGUGCCAUUCUGCUACUUUACAUAUACUGUAGCCACAUCCACAUAUAGGGUGACCCCAUACAACCUGGCGGUCAUGUCUCUAGAGCGAUAUGUGGCCAUUUCUUUUCCACUCAGACAUGCAGAAUUUUGUACUGUAAGGAAUGCGACAGUUGCCAUAGUUGUGAUCUGGACGGUGGCGCUCAUCCCAAAUCUCGCCGAUUUCAUCACCAUCAGCUCAUCCUUUGGGAAACUCCGUCCCAUGGUCUGUAGUCAGGGAGCUCUGUCUGUGACUCCAGAACAAAACACUAUCAGAACUCUGACCUUCACCAUAAGCUUUACCCUGGUCGCACUCAUCAUCCUCUUCACCUACAUCAAGGUUUUGCUGGUGGCUGGAAAGAUUGGCUCGGGAAAGUCAUUUGCCAUUAAGGCAAGCAAAACUGUCAUGCUCCAUGCCUUCCAGCUCCUCCUCUGCAUGACUUCUUUGCUCUCAUCAAUUACAGAGAGAUACCCAUUCAACACGAUUUUAAUCUUGACCGUCUCCACCUUUCUUCUCUUCACCUGCCUGCCCAGGUUCCUCAGCCCAAUCAUUUAUGGGUUGAGAGAUGAAGUGAUUCGUAAAAAUGUCAUGAAGUUGUAUUCUGUACAGCACUGA